CGUCCUCCAUUUAGGUGCAAUUCCCAGAAUAUGAACAGCUCAAAAAAAUGGGAAAACUGAGUCCAUUGAGUUAGUUUUGCUGGUUUUCUGUGAGAAAGAGGGAAGCCUGGGCUUGUUUCUAGCCCUUGCUGGCCUGACUGACCAGCCUGACAAUGUGUGCAUGACCCCAAACUAGGAGGGCAAGAAAAGGCUUUACUACAAACUUGUUGAACUGGAGAAAUAGUAGAGGUUAGGGUGGCUGUGGAGGAGAAAAUGGGCACACUGGAAGUGAGCAGGCAGCAGCAGCUGCAGAAGGAUGUGGAAUGAGAAUGGGGCACAAGCUGACACUGAACCCACAGGAGGCAGAUAAAUACUGUUUCUGGAUUUAGAGAUAACACUUCCCCUUUACUUGGUGCUGGAGGACUGGCCUUGGAAAAAGGAUCCAGGUCUGGGUGAGAGAUCUGAGAAGAGACCUCAGCCCUCUAUGGAAAGCUGGGGGGAAUCGAGGCAGGAGAAGAGAGGCGUGCAGGACAUUUGCAAGCAUGCUGUAAUGCAUAUGGGGAAUGAUAAAGGAGAUUUAAGUCCUGGCAAAGUCUUUCCCCCUUGGAGAUGGCUAAGCACAGGAAUAGGCUAGCUGAAAGGGACUCCGCUGCCAGGGGUGGCUGGGGUACCUGCUCCUGUGCCUGAGGAGGUGGGAUUCCCCCAAAUCCUCUGUUUGUAGGAGCCUGGCAGUGAGUGGUGUGAUGCUGAGAGCUUCACCUCGGAGGGGCUGGAGCUAGCUUGCGGUGCUGCCACACUUCUGCCAGGAAGCACGGUCCGUCCGAGCCCUGGUGGCACGGCUGAGGGUCUUCCUGGGAAACCUUCUCGUAUCCUUGCUCUUGCAGAUGCCAUGGCCUGUGGGACGGGGCGCUUGUUAGCUGUUGGGUGGAAGAGAGGAGUUGUGCCUGAGGCCGCUGAGCAUGGUGUCUCCUGGCUAUCACAGCACCUCAUGCUGCACCCCAUGAGGAUGGAACAGCGGAUGCCACCGCUCAUUCUGGAGGCACGGUCCGAAUUGGAUAAGUACCUUUCAAACGAGGUGCCACCCAUCCCAAUGAUACCAGACAAGAAGUACCGUCGGGAGAGUGCCUCAGUGGUGGAUGAGUUCUUCUCCACAGAGAAGCCCACUUCUACGCCGUACAGCGUGAACAUCAAUGUGAUUCUGCCAGACACGACGCACCUGCGCACUGGACUUUACCGGCCACCCAAACCCAUGACGCCAUUCCCACAGAUCAAAACAGAGCCUGGCACCAGCUUCGCCCAGCCCUGCUCUUCUGCCUCCGGCUCCACGCAGACCCUGCCCGACUUCACCAGUGUCUUCAGCAUGCCCCAGUCAGUGGCAGUGAACAACAUCUUCAUCAAGCAGGAGAUGCCUUCUGAGAUCCCCUUAUCCACCAAUCCACAGCAAUCCCAGCUUUACCAGAUGCCUCUUGGCAACGGAAGCGCUGACAUUACCACUCUGACAUCCUCCUCCAACAGCACCACAGCCAUCAACAGUCUCAGUGGUGUUACCAUGUCCACAGGUAACACCAUGUCCAGUGUGGUCCACAGACCUGUCCAGCCAGGGGGGCCAGUUAAGCAGUACCCACAUGUCUCCCAGGGACAGGGAAACUUCAGCCUCUCAGGGCAGUUCUACCCUGCUCCAGGGGUGAACCUGCCCCCUUCACCCCCCAACUCACAGCCUGGCAGCCCAGAAAAUCAACCUGAGCUCAUCAACACCAUCUCUCCCCCACCAUCUUAUGAAGCCACUUUUGGACUGAAGUUGGUCCAGUCGUCCCAGGUCCCCCCAGUCCCCAAUGGCCUUGGGACGCUCUCCCAAGGGCACAUUGUCAUGCAGCCCCCCAAAUACAACAGACGCAACAACCCUGAGCUGGAGAAAAGGAGAAUCCAUCACUGCGAUUACCCAGGUUGCUCAAAAGUUUAUACCAAGAGCUCUCACCUGAAGGCACAUCAGAGGACUCACACAGGCGAGAAGCCCUAUAAAUGCACAUGGGAAGGCUGCGACUGGCGCUUUGCCCGCUCCGACGAGCUGACCCGGCACUAUCGGAAGCACACGGGCGCCAAGCCCUUCAAGUGCCUAGCCUGCGGCCGGUGCUUCUCCCGCUCCGACCAUCUGGCUCUCCACAUGAAGCGGCACCAAAACUAGGAGCCGCCUACGUUCGCCACUUCUCCAAGAGCAGCUGAAACUCUUUUCUUUUCCGAGGGGGCCUCUCCUCUUCUCGUACGUAGGAACAAACCCAUGCUGUGAUCAACCGGCAGGGCAAGGGUGGUGGGCAAGCCCCCUCUGCAAGCCCUGUCCCCAACUGUUUCUCGUUUUCAAAGAAAUCUCAUUAAAAAAGAGUUGUAAUUACAGACUGAUCUCAUGACGAGGCUACCGGCAGCGCUGGGGCGAUGGACCUUGGAUUCCAAAGGGCUUUCUUCCAGCAAACCUGCUAUUUAUUUGUCACUCAGGAGCAACUGUCCUUCGUGUCUCAAGCUGUUUGGGAUUUUUUUACCCCUUUCGGGGCAGUGCCUUUGGUGAGCCUGAGGAGGUUGUGACGGGUUGGUAGCCUGGCCGUACGUGAGAGGUCUCACUUCAAACUGUUGGUGCAAUCCUCUUGGACUGCCCCAUGGCGUGGCCGUGGUACCUCUGAUGUGCGAGAACAGGAGCAUGUGCCCAGGGCUGUUUGGGUUGACAAUCCCAGUCUCUGUGGGGGCAUAGAAGAAAGGGUCUAUGACAUACUCACCUGACGUGCCUUCAAGCAAGGGACAGCACAAAAGCAGGUGACAAAAGCCAUCAUCUGUGUCCCCUGGAGCCCACCUGCGGUUUCCUGGCAGCCAGCUCACUCGGGGCUGCGAAUAUCUGCCCUGCUUGGCCAGGUUUUUUGGUCGUGUCCUUAGCAUUUCUGCUUCCAAGAUAAAUUUUGACUUCAGGUGUCUCUGGGAGGACCAGCAUGGAUCUUGAAGCCCCCCAGAGGACUGCAAAAAAAGCCACUGAUAAAGCUCUGGUUUCCCAGAACACACUGUGCCUUUCUCCAAAAAGCACUGGGCAGGCUCUGCUCAUGCCUUGAACAUGCACACAAGGGAUCAGUCAUCGCCAAUCACACCAGUCUUUUGCUGUUGCCAUUUCAUCACAUUCAGACAGAAAAGAAAAAAAGAAAAAAGCAUCUUUGAAAAAAAUUCCAAUAAAUCCUGCUGUUCAGAUUGUAAUCAUGUUACCUACCUCACAGGUUCACUGCCUCGGGCUCCGUAAGGCACCUUCCCUCUUCUUCUGUGGGGCGCUGUGACGCGUGGGGCACAUCAGCCAUUCUUCAAAGUCUACCGGGGGUUAAACUUAGGCAGAACAAGAACCAGGCCAUGGCAGUUUAAACAGCAGCCGUGCAGGUAAUAAAUAAAUCAGGAGCAAAUAAUGGGCCCAGUGCGUUCAACAGAAUAUUGAUUUCCCCCACACCGUCCUCCUCUUUUAUUCUUCCUCGAACAAAUUUAAGUAACGCGCAGGCUGAUGCGCAUCUGCAGCGUGAACUGAAAGGCCAUGCCAAACCGUGGCAUCUUCAGGCGGUGGAAAUUUGAAGGCCACCCCUCUCUGCUAUUGCCAAACCGCACAUUAGCCGAAAACCAUAGCUGGGUUCCUGGUUGUCCUUUGCCUUGGAUAAAGAAAACUGAUCACACCUGCGGUGCACGUAGCUGGUCUGGUGUGACAGGAGAGGAGGGCAGGAAGGAUUUGAGGGGGGGUGAGGUGUGCGUGCUGUAGUGUAGGCUUUGGGAUGGAUGAUGUGCCCGGGGCUGGUGGUGCAGCGCUGCAGUGAACCCUUCGUGUGGCUCUUUGGCAAGAAGCCUCCUCUUUUCUCCGUGCCACCAGGGAGGGUGGGAAUGGAGGGGUGAAGUCAGGCCACUGAAUUGCUGGGAGCUGGCUUGGGUGACUUUCCCUGACAGUGCGUGGCAAGGGCUUUUCAGACCUCAGCACUGGGGUCUUUGCCUGGCUGGAGGGUUUGAUGACGGCACCCUCUUGACACCGCGUUCAACGGAGGAUUGGAGAGCCUGGCUCUUAAAUCAGCUUUUGCUGACCAUGUGUAUGUCCUCCAUGUUCUUUUUCCAACUCUUUCCUUGCUUGUCAUCACAGCUUGCUGGGGAUCGGCAGGUGCUGGUGCAAAUGGGCUUGUUUGCCAUCUGCCUUGUUGGCUGUGGGGUCUGGCUCCUCUUCAGGGCAGAGAGCAGGACCUUGCCAAUGCCACCACUGUGACCUGGGCUCCUCCUUUUUCCCACCUCACCUUGGAGGUUGGGUUGAGCUAUAUGAGUGAGUAGGGCAUGCAGUGCCAUCUUCUCCCCAAAAAUGGGGGGGGGGGUAGGAAUGGUGCAUGGCCUGAAGCCUCCAUGCAGGGGACAGUUUUACCUCUUGCUUCUGCUUUGAGAUGGGUCUGGAGAGCCUCAGGGAAGGUCUCUGAUGAUGGAAGAACCCCUCGGAGAAUGGCGGUGGUGCAGGGUGUAGGAGCGUGCGUGUCUGCCAGCACGGGCGGGUUGAGCUCACGCCAAAGGAAUUUCAGGGUAGCGUGGAGGUGCCUCAGCCCCGCUGGUGUCUCCAGGAAGCUCAGGCUGGCUCGGUGGGGCUGGUGGGGACCCAACGCAGCCGUGCUGGGACCUGCUGGGCUCCACCCGGCUUCGCUGGCACCCGUUCAGCUCCUCAGCGGGUGAGCCCUGGCACGGCGAGCCGGCGGCACCGUGGUCUCCGCGUACCCCCCCCACGGGGAGCCAGCAGCCCCCACGGCUGUAACUGCAACCUCCACGUGGGAAGACCUUUUUUUUUUUGGUGUAUCCUUUGUGGUUGAACCUCCUAAAGGUGUGAGCCAAACUACAGGGUACAAGGUCAGCCCAGCCGCCGCCUGUGCCAUCAGGCUGGUCGUGGGGUUAGCCCUCACCCGUGGGCCUCUCAGAGGGGUCUCACUGACCCCCCCUCUUUUUUUUGGAGAAGGAAACCUCCGCUCCGCCCUCCCCCACCCCUCCAUUUCCAUCUCUCCCUCCCCUGCUGUGCUGAUGGGGCCCAAAACCUGUUUGCUGAAAAACGGUACAAAGCCAAAACAACCAACAGGCAGCUUUAAAUCUUAGGGGAAUUUUAAAUAAUUUUCCUGAUGAUCUUGUUUUUUUUCACUACAGGAAAAAAAAAAAAAAUCUAUCUGCUCAUCCUCACAUAGACUCUGUGUGUGUGUAUAUAUAUAUAUAUAUUUUUUUUUUUUUUAUUUGAUGGGGGUGCAGAGGAAGAAGUGUCUUAACAAAAAAACACCCCAAUCCUGUACUGCUUCCCAAGCAGCACUGCUGGUCUGCAUGCAAAACGCUGACAUGCAAAUGUUUUACUAGUGCAAAGGCAACACUUUAAAAAAAAAAAGUCUCUGAAGGAAAACCACAGCAAGCCUUGGCUUUUAUUUCUCUAUUUUUGUGUGUACAGAAGUGGACAGCCUCUAACCUUGCAUUUCAUUGCAGCUCUCGGUGGCUGAGGGCAGCUAUUCCCCAGGAGAAAGCCGGGGGAGACGGGGAGUGAUGCUGACCGGAGCAAAGCCCCUCUUUUUUGCUACGGGAGGGACGGCUCGGAGCCGAGCGACAUAGCUGGGGGUGUGUGAACCCCAGCUGAAUGAAGGUCCCUCCAUCCCCAGUCCCCUGGGACACUUAGGUGACAGGGACAUUGGAAAAGGUUUGCAAGCCCAGGAGGCUUUGCAAGCUGGGUUUGGUGCAGAACAAAUGCCAGUCUGGCCGGGAGGCGGGUGCCUCAUCUCUGCUGCGCGUGUAUCAUAGCGGGGAAAAAAAAAAAAAAAAAUCGCUGUAAAUAGGAAAAGAGCACUGUAUCGCUUCGCGGGUCUGCGUGGAUUGAAAGUGAUCGUUUACUGUCCGAGAUGAACACAAUGUGAAAAAAAAAUUGGGACCUGGAAAACUUGGGUGGAAGGUUUAUUUUUCCGGUGAUGCUUUUGUUUGUUACAUAACCCCUCUCCCCCUGAAACUCCCCUAUGACUAUUAAUCUAUCUCAUAUUUUGUAAUAAAAUUUUAUCAUGUGGA